AUGGGGGGCCUCGUGGGGGCUGUCGACUCUGCCCACGGUAGACGAAAGGAGGCCGAUGAGGCCGAUUCCAACGACGGUUUCUACUCGGCUAUCUCGCCUGCAGUGGGUGCCACUGGCGAGAAAGCCUGCGCUUCUCCCUGGCCAGAGGGGCAUGCCCUCCUGCCUCCGGAGCGCGACGAGGCCCCUGUGGGGUCUGGCGUAUCGUCUUUCUUGCCUCCUCGAGGCUUUCGAGAUUUUCCGCCUGCAGAAUUCGCAACGCAUAGAUGGCUUUUCUCUCUUUGGCAUCAAGUUGCAGCCGAAUUCGGUUUCCAGGAGUACAAAGGGCCCUCCGUGGAGCGCGCUUCCCUGUAUGCGCAUUUCGUCGAAGUCUCCGCAGGGGCCCGUCAGGGGGCCCCCUCGGGAGCCGCCGCUGCAGCGUCUCAUACACGAGGCCCCACGCCUCUCGCUGACAAGUCGUCUGCAGCUCCUACUGGGGGAACCCACCUGCAAGCUCCUCCCCACAUAUACCGACUGCAGGGAAAGCCAGGCAGGGACGACCUCUGCUUGCGUCCAGAGCUCACGCCGUCGCUCUCACGCAUGCUGCUGAGGGAGCAGCAAGGCCGUCCGUCGGGAGCAGCCCGCCGAUGGUACUCAGUCGAGAGGGUGUGGAGACACGAGCGACCUGGCUGCGGACGAAGGCGAGAACACUUCCAGUGGAAUUUGGAUAUAGCGAUGAUCCCGUCGUUCUUGCCCGCGGCACUGGCAGGCCCCCUUGGCACCGGCAGAGGCGGAGGGGGCUUUCCGUCUGUAGCGACAAGCGCACGCGCCGCUGGCGUAAAAGUUCAAGAAUGCGGUAACCAUGGAAGUCAGAAGCAGCAGCCAGUCAGGGGGGCCUGGCUGCAGGAUUUCAGCUCGUUUGCCGUUGCAGAGCUCAUUGCAGCCGCUGUGCGCCUGUUUCAGAAGCUGGGUCUGACCCCACGAGACGUCAAAAUCCGAGUUGGCAGUCGAGGCCUCCUUGCUGAUCUGCUGAUGACAGACGACGCGCUCAGCCGAAUUACGGGGAAUCAGGGGGCGCCUAGAAGCUCUGGAGCGGCUCACCUGCGCCUUCCCGAGGAGUUCGCGAGAGCCGUAAGAGACAGUCAUGUCGUCUUCCAGAAACGCUUGAUUUCGGCAAUGCAAGUGCUGGACAGGGCCGGUAGGCGAGGCGAUGCAGCCGAGACAGAAGCGGCGCUAUCUGGUGCCCUGGGCAUAAGCGCUGAAAGCUCUGCACAUCUGUUAAAGCGCCUUGUCUCAUUCAACGUUCAAGACGACGACUUAGCGCAAAAGCUGGCACGCCGCAUGCGCCAGAUACUGCCCUCUGACUCCAACGCAAUCUGCAUGGAUUCGGGGCCCACGGAGAGCUCGCAGGGGCCUCUGGAAGCAGUGCAAGAAGUGCCCCCCUCAGUACGUGAGUUACGUCGUUUGUUGCAUCUGCUAGAUGAAGGGUACCAGAUAAUGGAGUGGGUAGAGGUUGAUCUGCUGAUUGUGCGGGGACUGCACUACUACACGGGCAUUGUAUUCGAAGCCUUUGACACAGCAAACGCCUUCAGGGCGGUUUUGGGGGGCGGCACCUACGGGGUCUAUGGGGGCCCCCUUGCAGAUCCCAAGCUAAGAAUAGGGGCGUCUUCUGUAGGAAGCCUAAGCCCUCAAGAGGCGAAGGCAGAAGCAAGUUGCGUGGGUAAUGCAAGGAAGCAAACGGUAGGGAGCAUCACUGGAGUGGGUUUGGGUAUGGGAGACUGCGUGCUCUUGGAGCUGCUAAAGAGUAAAGGCCUUGUCAGAACUAGCAGACCGACUGUUGACAUCGUCGUAGCCCUCCGCCAGGAAAUUCCCGCGCGGAGGCUUAUUCGAGCUGCAUCUAGAUCGGAAGCAGGGGCGAAGUGUGGCAUUGCUGGAAGUCCAGCUGUCGAGGGAGAUCGAUCUCCCACCGCUACGAGCCUACCGUCAGCGGGGGCCCCUUGUGCGCUGGCAACACAAGCGCAGGCAUUGUGCUGCAAACUAAGGGGCCUGGGGUUCAGCGUGGAGCUGAUGCUGCCACUCCAGCGGCCCGACCAAGCCUCAAUAAGACACGCCAAGGCCAUGAAUGCCAAAGCAAUAGUAUUUGUAUCGGCAGCAGACGCUUCACGCUGUCGGCAUGCUUGCGAAGAUUCUGCUGCGGAGCAGGUGCCGUCCACGCCAUUCGAAGACGAAAGCGUAGAGACGGUGGACGAAGUAGAAUUCGAUGUUGUCCUCCUCGCCACCAGUGGCGAUUCCAGCUCGGCGCAUCACCAGGUCUGCCAGCGAAAGCUCCAAGCUCCCGCCGCACCCUCAGCUAAUCUGAAAAACCCAUUUGUUAAAUCCAAUGAGACACUCCACAGUGUAUCAUGCGUCGUUUCCUUGAUGGAACGCCUAUUGUCGAGGCACCAAUAG